AUGCACUGGGACGACUAUACCGAGGACCACCUCUCUGUUGUUAGCAACUCGGAUUAUCAUGGAAGUGUCGUAGCUGCCAGUCAUUGGUUGUAUUGGGGCUCUCGGCACAUUGAAUGUUGCUCGCGGUCGUUCUCGCUGCGGAUUAUUGAACAAUGCGACUUCAUCGAUGACCACUUAUUUACCCCGGUUGCUAAAAAGCCCUAUACGGAACGUUGUUUUGCAACAGACAUCCGCGUUGAAACCCCAAAAGUGGCAUAUAUCUGUAAGGAACAACUGGGUCAUGAAUGGAAGUAUCAUCGAGAAGUCCUGGAAGCUGGGGACUUUUCUGUUCAUGCGUUCGUCCUCGUCUCUGAUAUCUCUCUAACCGGUGAGGCCGCCCAUUUACAAGAGUGCUUCCUUGCUCAAGCUACCAGAAAGAAUGGUCGAAAAAUGGAUACAAUAUCCUCCCUCUAUGCAGACACGAAUACUAUGCAUUUACAAGACAACUCGAAACUGUUUUACCAGCCCGCUUCGUCCUGUGUCUCUGAAGAUCUAACUUAUGACCUCCCUGUUAAUGAAGAUGCGGACCCCGGACUUGGCAUCUGUGUGCAUGGUAUGACACAACUGCAAGUCGGAACGGCUUCACCGGCUGCCAUGUCCGCCACAACGACCACCAAUGUAUCACCAGUGUCGAUCAACGUAGAUGUGGGUUUCUGCGAGACAACAAUCACACCCUCGCCCCUCCCUCAUUUUAUCUUAUCGAAAUCAAAUUUACCUACGAAUGCAUCAGUCAUCCCAACUGCCGGGGUUCUCGAUCGGAGCCACCGAGCACACAAUCAUCAGCUUCAUCGACCACUGCUCCAGUCAGCAGUCUCUGACGCGAACCCUGAGAUUCUUUCCCUCACGACGGAGGAUUCAGGCGCCUUUCAACCCCUUCUCCUGCUUUUCCUUCAUGGUCCUCAGGCCUCUAGCCUCAGAUCUCUCCUUCAUGCAAAGUGUCGGCUCGAUAGAUUCCAGUUGGCGGAUGGACGCUGGUUUCGAAUAUGGAUUUUUGACGCUGUGGACGCUCUCGGGAUGCAGAUAAGUCCCUCAAAGUGGCAGCCACCACACACCAUGAAGCCCUCAUCGACAGCGCCGUCGGCCUUCUCGAAGCUUAUGCCCUCCAGUUGUAUUGACUCUGCCAGGGGCGCCAGUGUUUCGGCUGCCGCAGAAAGUUCCGUCACCGCCGGUUCCCCCUCUUCUUCCACAGCUUCCAACCAAGAUGGUUGCACCAGCGACGCCCAAAAUGAUCACUCCAGACGGAAAGCGCACUCAGUGGAAUCAACAAACCAGUUGCGUUUGUCAUUGUGGGUUGGUGGUUCCAGCGAUUUUCUGGCGACGGACACGGGACAGAACGAUGAUGCAACUCCCGCUGCCAUUCCUGUCGCUUCUGCAGGUUAUCAAUUGGAUGCUCUCGUGUGGUUCUCCAGCCAAGUCGAAUACCUCAAUCGUCAGGCAUUACUCGCGUCAACUUCGAGACAGUCCUCCCCGCCACCCAUCCCCUCUUGUUCUUCCACCCGACUGAAGACUCUCGACCGUUCUCUUGAUCUUGCCUCAAGGGUCUCUGCUUUCGCCCCUUUCCACAGUAUCAAGUUGGUUCUACUGUACGCUAGCCUUGGUGUUUUCAGACUUAUACUUCAAUCGCCCAAUGGCCUGAAGAAAUACGCUUCCCUUGCCUCUGAAUUGAAGGACGGCUUCGAAAACUGUGGCCUGUUUACACGUCGGUCAGAAAUACAUACUCUGCUAUCUGCUGUAAACCUCGGCAUUGUGAAAUAG